AUGGCUGAGAAGCGAGAGCUUGCCGAGGGCGUCUUCGUUCUCCAGGAGCGGCUGGAGGACCCAACGCGCAUCCGCUAUGAGAUCCUCAACGAGACAGAUGCAACGCUGGACAUGACCAUCAACCUGGAAGGCUCCGAGAACGUCAGCUUCCGCGAGGGCAAGCUGGAGAUUUGCGUCACGGUGGAGCCAAAGUCACAGCGCUAUGCUGGCACCAUGUUCGUCACCGACCCACGAAAGGGCUGGAAGCUUGCAUGCAAGUUCAACUGGACGGCCACCCGUCAGGUCCCGGCCGGCUCAGCCCCCAAAUCCGUUCGCGGUGACAACGAUUCUAACACCACCCCAGAUGCCGACAACGGGGCUGGCGGCCCAAAGCUGCCGGACGUGACGGUUGCACCGCAGCGGCCGGCGGACGAGGACCGACGCCCGGACCCGCACAUCCACCCGCGCGAGAUUGAUAUCCCGUACCCCGAGGACCAGCGCCGGAAGAAGGAUGUUUCCACCCCUCGCAGCCCACGUGACGACGCAGCAGCGCCAAACGUCCACCGCAAGCCAUUGGAGGAAGGCGUGACGCUCGUGCGAACGCAGUACCAGAACCCCACAAAGUUUGACUUUGAGGUUGAGAACACACUGUGCGAGGCGCUUGAGUUUACGCUGAGCAUUGAAGGCAGUGCCAACAUCGCCUUUGCGGACGGCUCGCUCGUGGCAACAAAGACGGUCGAGCCAGAAAACACAACAUUCAUCGGCCAGUGCUCCAUCUCAAACCCAAAGGCUGCGUGGUCGCUGAACAGCAAGUUCUCUUGGAAGCGAGUGCCGCCCUCCCGCGAAUAUCAGCAGAAGAAAAUCCGCGAACAGCAGCAGCGCAUUGCUGACGAGCUUGAGGCGUACCGCAAGACGCCGCUGUUCGAUGGCGACGAUCGCCUCUCCCUCGGCGAACUCAUCACAGAGUGCAAGAAGUAUUCCGUCAAGUUCAUCGACACGGAAUUCUUGCCGGCAGAAUCGCAGAUUUUCACUGAGGACAGCGAGUACCGCGAUCCCGACACGCCAAUCGUGUGGCGCCGCGCAAGCGAGUUUUUUGCGGGAAAGGACUACGAUGUGUUCGUCAAGGGCGUCGAGCCAGCCGACAUCAAGCAAGGCCGUCUCGGAGAUUGCUGGCUCAUGUGUGCGCUCGCGUCAAUCGCUGAGCGGGAGGAGCGCAUCUUGAAGAUCUUUCAGUCGCCGCGAUCCACAGCCACGCAGACGCGAAACGCCGUCGGCGCCUACCAGGUCCGCCUGUGCAAGAACGGCGAGUGGUGGCUCAUUCGCCUCGACGACUACUUUCCCUGCCUCCCCGGACAAGGCCCCGUGUUUUCUCGCAGCCACGGCAACGAGCUCUGGGUCCUCCUUCUUGAGAAGGCCUUUGCCAAGAUCUGCGGCUGCUACGAUAUGCUCCGUGGCGGGCUCGCGUGCGAAGCGCUGAUGGACAUCACCGGCUGCCCAACACGCGACUUCAAGAUGGACGAGACGGGCACAGAGGACCUGUGGGAGAUGCUCAAGGCCGAAGACGAGCGCGACAACAUCAUGACAUGCAGCGUUCCCGGAGAGGACAAGUGGUCGAACGUGGCUGGUCGCGAUCUCGGCGGGCCAGGCCUCGUGUCAGGUGCUGCUUGGUGGCGAUGA